AACACCGCAUAGCUUGCUGGCAGCGGUUGAGGAGCACGCCUGUGACCGAUGGUGGGCGGCGGGCCCGCCAUGGGGUCGGAGGCGGAGCUCGCGCAGCUGCGAGCCGCCAACGCGGAUCUGCGCGCGACGGCGGGCGCGCUGCACGGGGAGCUGCGCGCCGUGAAGCACCUCGCCGUCGCCGUCGCGGCGGAGCUCGACGCGUGGAAGCGCGACAGCGUGCCUCGUGCCGAGGCCGACGAGCUGCGGCGGCACGCGGAGAUGUGGCGGGCGCUGGCGGAAACGGCUGGCGGCGGGCGAAGCAGUGAGGGCUGGGGGGGAGUGGAGUCGGUGGAGAAGGUAGGAGAGGCGGAUGUUGAGCGCGUGUUCGGCGAGGGGAAGAAGCGGGCGAGCGCGGACGCGGAGAUGGCCCGAGAGACAGUGGCGCGGCUGGCGCGGGAGAAGGCGGAGGCGGAGCAGCGCCGGGAGGAGGAGGCGGAGGGGCGCAGGACGGCGGAGGAGGAGAUCGGACGGUUGAGGUUGGCCCUUGAGGAGGCUGAGAAGCGCGCAGAGGAAUGGAGAGAGCAGGCGGAGAGAUGGCGGAGAGAAGUAGCCCGGUUGAGGGGAGAAGAGGGGGAGGGAAUGGGGGGGAAGGAGCAGGGGCAAGUGGAGAAAGGGGCAAGGAGUGAAGUGGAGGCAGCGGAGGAUGCAGGAGGAGGAGCGAGGGGCAGCGGUGGCGAGGAGGGCAUGGCAGGGAGGGGGGCCCAUGCUGAGUGGGGGGAGCAGGCUCGGGGAGGGGAGAUGGGGGCGGGAGGCAGCGUGGGCGGUGGGGUGGCGGGGCUACAAGGGGGCGGAGGGGAGAGGGAUGGGGCAGUGCAGGCAGAAGAGGAGGCAGCGGUGGGGCUGGCGGUGUGGGAUGCGGUUGAGGUGGGUGAUGGGGGGAUGGGGGACGGGCAGGCAUGUGCGAGGGAGGGAGAGGAGCGCAGGGAUGCGUGGGAGGUGGAGAGAGGGCGAGAGGAGGCGGAGGGUUGGGGGCCGAGAGACGAGGAGAGCAUGGUGAAGGUGGCAGUGCAGGGAGAGCAGGCGGAGGGGCUGACCCAGGGAGAGGUGGGCCGGGUACGAGGGCAGGAUAUGGGGGAGGAGGCGGAGGGGGGGAGAGGUAUAGAGUGGAGGCACAAGGAGGAGGGCGAGGAAGGCAGCGAUGAGGCAAUGAGGUGGCGGCAGGGGGCCGUUGAGGGGAUGGGGGACGCAGAGUGGGGAGGGAGUGAGGGUAGUGAGACAGAGAGGGCGAGGAGGCCAUGGGGUGCAGUGGUGGGUGAGGGCGAAGGUGCAGGCACGCACGGAGGCAGGGAGCAGGAUGGAUUGGCGGCGGAGCAGAGCAGGGGCGAGGAGGAGAGGGGUGCGGUUGAAGGCAUGGGGGUGGCAGAGCGGGUGAUGGGCGAGAUGGUAGGGGCGAGGACCGCCCUGGGGGACAGGGAGGUGUGCACGGGGGAGAGAGAGGCGGAGGCGGAAAGGGGAGUUGGCAUGGGGGAGAGAACGGAGGCUGGGAGAGGGGCGCACGCGGAUGUGGGGUGGGGAGAAGGGGAUUCAGGCAAGGUGGAGGAGUGGGAGCGCAGGAUCCAGAAUGCAGAGAGGGGGGGCGUGGAGGCGGGCAGUGUAGGGGCAGGCGUGGAGGGUAGUGGGUGGCAUGCAGAUGCAUGGCAGGCACAUGCUGCAGCAGCAGGGGGUGGCUGGGAGGUGGGCCUCGUGGCAGGUGGUGCUGACAGGCAGGUGCGGGCGCUGCCAGUGCAGGAAGAGGGCAGUGUGCCGUGGGCAGAGGGGCGCACGGCACUGCACAAGACAAGGGGGGGAGCAGCGGGUGCAGAAGAGAGAGUGGCCGAGGUGAAGGAGUGGGGCACUGUGCAGCAGGAGGCGAGGGAGGGGGCGGAGGGGAGGAGCUGGGCGACGCAGGGCAGGGAGCAGCAGUCAGCGAGUGCUCAGGAGGAUUGUGGGAGUGGUGACGGUGCGGAGGGGAGAGGGAUUUCGGUGUGUGUGUUGUGUGAGCGAGAGGUGAGGGAUGAACUGGUGCCGAGGGACGUUGAGGGAGGGGACGAGGGCAGUGCAGGCGGUGCAGGCAGGGAGGACGGGGAGGGGGCAGCAGUGCGAGGGGUGCAUGGGAUGGGCGAGCUGAUGGAAGAGGGGGGUAAAUGGAAAGGGGGUGCGGCGGGCAGGCUGAAGGAGCGUGCAGGGAGUGAGAGUUGGGGAGUGAGGGGGAAGGGAGAUGCGCGAGAGAGUGAGAGGGAGAGUGUUGAAUUGGAGGUUGCGAUACGUGAUGAGUGGGAUGGAGGCAAGGCAGGGAAGGCGAUGAAGAGAGAAGACGAGGACAAUACGGGGAAAUGGGCAGAAAUGGAUUCGCGCGAGGUGGGAGUGGAGGAGCAUGGGGCAGCGGAAGAGGGUGGGUCGAUGGUGGAAGAGGCGGCGAUGAAAGAGGGUGUGGUGGGAGCGGAGUGUGAGGAGGAGGAGGUGGCACGCGUGCGAGAGCAGAUUUUGCGCUUGGCGGUGGCGCUGGCGGUGGUGGACGUGGGCAGGAGAGCAGCCGUGGCAGCGCGGGAUGCGAUGCAGAGGCGAAUGGGCGAGGCGGACAGGAGGAGGGAGAAGGCAGAGAGGGAGAGAGAGAGGGCAGAGAGGGAGGUGGAGAGAUUGCGAGGAGACAUGUGGCGGGAGGCGGAGGGGAGACUGAGGUUGGAGGAGGAGAGGGAUGAGGCGGAGAGGAGGAGGACGGUGGGAGAGGAGAAGGCGGUGGAGGAAGCGAGGGGACGGAUGGAGGCUGGCAGUGGGAAGCAGCAGGCGGAGAAGGAGAGGGAGGGAGCAGAGGCGGAGAGGGAAGCGGCGACGAGGGAGAGAGAGUGCGCUGUGAAGGCUUUGGAAGAGGCUGAGAGAGCAAAGGCAGAGGCGCAGAGGAGGGCGGAGGAGCUGGAGGAGCAGUUGCUGCUGAGAGGUAGGGACGCAGACACGGAGGUGAGCGGGCAGGGAGGGCUCGCUGGUGGGGAGAUUGGGAGUGGCGCGAGGGCGGUGGCAGGGGAGGACAUGUCGUGGGGCGAGAUGAUGCGCAUGAUGCGAGAGGUGAGCGCGGAGCGGUGCGAGGAAGAGGAGGAGGGCGCGGAGGAGGAGAGGGGUGCAGAGGAGAUGGAGAGGCGGUGGAGGGCGGCAGAGGAGGAGAGGGAUGCUGCAGAGAGGCGGAGGGAGGAGGUGGAGGAGGAACUGACAGCAGCGGUGAGGGCGAGAGCAGAGGCGGUGGAGAGGUGGGGCGAGAUGGUGAGGCGCGUGGAAGAGAUGGAGCGAGAGAAGGAGGCGAUGCAUGGGGAGAGGGCGCGCAUGGAGUGGGCGCUGAGGGAGGCGGAGAGGGCCAUGGACGAGGCGGGGAGAGCCGUGGACGAGGCCGAGGAGGAGAGAUUGCAGGCUGAGAGACGCGGGGAGGAGGCUGAGAGGGGGAAGGAGGCGGCAGAGAGGGAGAGGGAGGAGGCAGAGAGAAGAAGAGAGGAGGCGGAAAGGGGAAGAGAAGAGGCAAAGUGUGGAAAAGAAGUGGCAGAGAGAGGAAGGGAGGAGGCAGAUAAGAGAAGAGAGCAGGCCGAGAGGGCAAGAGAGGAGGCUGAAAGGAGAAGCGAGGAGGCAAAGCGUGGAGUAGAAGCGGCAGAGAGGGAAAGGGAGGAGGCGGAGAGUGGGAGAGAGUGGGCUGAGAGGGAAAGGGAGGAGGCAGAAAGGGAGAGACAGAAGGCUGAGUGGGAAAGGGAAAAGGCAGAGAGGAGGGCAGAGGAAGCACAGAGAAGGAGAGAGGAGGCGGAGAGGGAGAGAGAGAGGGCUGAGAGGGAGAGGGAUUUUGCAGAGGCAGCGAGAGCAAAUGCCAAGAGGGAGAGGGAUGAGGUGCGCAGAGAGAGGGAGAAAGCUGGGAGGCAUGGCCGUGGGAGAAGAGCGCGAGUGGGUGAGGAAGUGGGAUGGCAGGGAGAGGCGGGUGGGGAGUGCCGGGAGGGAGUGCCGUUGGAGGAGAUGAGUGCGAGCAGUGCACCUGAGGGUGGGAGCGCAUGCGGUGAGGGAGGUAGAGGGGUUGUCGUGCGUGCACAUGGUGCGGGUUUGCAUGGUGCGUGGGAGGACGUGGCGAGCAGCGAUGGCACGGGGAUGGGCAUGGAUGUGCAUGCAGGGGUGAGUAGCGGCACUGCCACUGUCCGCUCUGCCUCAGUGCCUGCGAGUGAGGCGAGCGCGGCAGUGGCUGCGGCACUGGCAUUGAGCUCAGAGCAUGGUGGCAGCAGCAGUGGUGAUGCGAUGAGCCAGGAGGAACUCAUGGAUAGUGUGAUGGCAGCACCGCUUGGGUGGCACGGCUCAGCAUCCCCCCACCACUACAGUGCCAGCGCCUCCUCUGCCUCGCCUGCCGCCUGUGCUGCUGCCAUCACUGCCUCCCAUGCCUCCAGUCGCUGCCUCGCUCCUGCUGCGCCAGCCAGCUCUCGCUGCUCCCACGUCUCUCCUGCUUCUGCUCCCGCACACACUGCUGCUGCGCCUGCCCCCCCUGCCCCCGCCAUUGCUCCCUGGGCCGCCCCUGUGCCUGUGAGCCCAGGGGCAAGAGUGGGUGAAGAAUCGCAGGCAUGGGCAGCAGCAGUGAGCAGGAGAGUGAGUGCAGUGGCGGUAUCAUCCCAGCCCCACAGCAGCCACAGCCCCUCCUCUGCUGCCAUGCCUGCACACGCCAUGCUCCCCAUUCGUGCCCCCACUGCUUACCCUCACCUAAUCCCUCAACACCCUCUCACGUCCCCUCUCGCCAAUGCUGCUGCUGCCAGUGCUGCUGAUGUGGCGGCGCAGAUACGGGCAGCAGAGGGCACGUGGAUGGGGCAGGUGGGGGAGGUGCAGGGGCAGGUGCAGCAAGCAGCGGCGGCAUGGGCCAAGGUGGACGCCAGGGCUGGCCUCGUGGAGGAAGCUGCCAGGCAGGUGCUGGCAGAGGGAGAGGAAGCGGAGGAGAAGAGGAGAUUGGUUGAGGAGGGGAUGAGGAGAGCGGAGGAGGAGAGGGGGAGGAUGGAGGAGGAGAGGCGGGCAGUGGAGGGUAGGUUGAGAGAGGAGGUGGGAGCAGCACAGGAGGAGGUGGCGCGCGUGAAGGAGGCGGCGGCCACGCGGCAGGUGGAGGUGGAGCGCGCCAUGGAGGGCAUGCGGCAGCACGUGAAUGCACUCACACGCUCGCUGCUGGCGUCCGAGGAGCAGAGGAAGAAGCUCGUGGCGCUGUUGAGGGUGGCAGAGAGCUACGGAGGAUUCGAUGAGCCAUCAUGGUAGAGGUUGUGAUGGGUGUUCUCAAAUGGGAGACUCUGGCUACAUGGUUCAAUUGAAAUGGACGGUUUUUAAAGUGCGUGGUCCAAGAACGAUCAAGAUGUUAGAAUGAGAGAAUCGAACUAGAAUGGGAGAGUACAAGGGAAUAUAACCUAGAAGCUGUACCCUCUAAGACACAAACCUAUACAG